AAGGAACGUUGCUAUAGUAUCACGGUUUGGUUUUGGCGAGAAUUUUCUCGAAUUUGAAGUGUCAUUUCGCGAAUUUCUGCGGCUUGUGUUCGAUGAGCAAAGAAAGUGAACUUCAGUGAACUUGACUGUCUAUUGCAAAGUGAAUUCCUUUUGUGAGUCCGCUGUAAUCUAAGCUGCUAUUAAUUCAAUUACUUUGUGUAAAUCAUGGAUCAGGUCAAUCUAUUGAAGGAGAAGGGCAAUGCGGCGCUCUCAGCGGGCAAGUACAUGGAGGCGAUCCAGACCUACACUGAGGCUAUAGCUCUGGACCCGAAAAACCACGUUUUGUACAGUAAUCGCUCGGCUGCCUAUGCGAAGGCUGAGAACUACGCUGCGGCGCUCGAGGACGCAGACAAAACAAUUUCGAUCAACCCGAAUUGGAGCAAAGGUUAUUCUAGAAAAGGCAGUGCCCUAGCUUACUUAGGAAGAUAUGAAGAGGCUAUUGCAGCAUACGAGAAAGGUCUGGAGCUGGAUCCCAACAACCAGCAGUUAGCCUCUGGCCUGGCUGAAGUGAGGCAGCAAGCAAAUGAAUUUGGAAUCAACAAGGAAGAGCUGUUUGCCAAGUUACAUGCAGAUCCACAGACCAGAGAAUGGCUCAAAGAUCCUGAAUAUAUCAAAAUUGUAGAGAAAGUUGCUCAAAACCCAUUUGGUAUACAAAAAAUAGAUCCCCAAAUGAAGGACAAACGUGUCCUCAAAACCAUCAGUGUGAUGUUAGGCAUUAACUUCGACUAUUCCGACGUGAAUAUGGACGUAGAUCCUCCAGCGCCCGAGAGGAAACCCACACAACCAAAGAAGGAAGAGCCUCCUAAACCCAAACAAGAAGAUUUACCAGAGAACCGUAGACUAGCUUUAACAGAAAAAGACCAAGGCAACGAGUGUUACAAAAAGAAGGAUUUCGAUAACGCCCUCAAACAUUAUCAGAAGGCAAUCGAACAUGAUCCCACAGAUAUAACGUUCUACACAAAUAUGGCUGCCGUGUACUUUGAACAGAAAGAGUACGAGAAAUGCAUCAAGGAAUGCGAGAAAGCUAUUGAUAUUGGCAGAGAAAAUAGAGCUGACUUCAAAUUAAUAGCUAAAGCUUUCACUAGGAUUGGCAAUGCAUACAAAAAGAUGGAACAGUGGAAAUUGGCAAAGACAUACUUUGAAAAGUCAAUGUCCGAGCACCGCACACCAGAAAUCAAAACUAUUCUCAGUGAAGUUGAGAAGAAAAUAGCUGAAGAACAGAAGAAAGCAUACGUAGAUCCUGUCAAAGCUGAGCAGGAGAAGGAACUAGGAAAUGAAUACUUUAAAAAGGGAGACUACAGCAACGCAGUAAAACACUACACAGAAGCUAUAAUGCGUAACCCGGACGAUCCCAAGCUGUAUUCCAACCGGGCUGCGUGCUACACCAAACUGGCCGCCUUUGACCUCGGCCUGAAGGACUGCGACCAGUGCUGCAAGCUUGACCCUAAGUUCAUCAAGGGAUGGAUAAGGAAGGGGAAGAUUUUACAGGGCAUGCAGCAGCACUCGAAGGCUCUGACGGCCUACCAGAAGGCGCUGGAACUAGACCCCAGCAACGGCGAGGCCCUGGAGGGAUACCGCGCCUGCUCCACGCAGCUCAACUCCAACCCUGAGGAGGUCCGCAAGCGAGCCAUGGCCGACCCUGAGGUCCAACAGAUUCUCCGCGACCCCGCCAUGCGUUGCAUCCUGGAACAGAUGCAGCAGGACCCGCACGCGCUGCAGGACCACCUCAAGAACCCUACCAUCGCCGCUAAGAUACAAAAGCUUCUGGAGUCCGGCCUCAUCGCCAUACACUAGUUAUUUACGUUUCCCCAACCGAGUGGGAGCGUAGCCUUAAACCACUUAAGGUUGUUCCACUUCUCCCCGUUGAUUGCACGUUAGGUUUCGUAACGGGGAUUUGUAGAACUUGCGUUGCGUAAAUCCCCUUUAAUUUAAAUUAAUACAAAAACAGGUUAAGAUUCUUUUUUGCAGCACAAAGCAGGUAUUUGUCUGCAAUCACACUUGAUGUUAGUUAUCAAUUUUCUCACUAAAAGUUCACAAAUGCAGACAAGAAAAAUCAAUGCAUUGCAGAUUUGUGCAACAAAAGGUCCCCAUUAGGAAUCUAAAGGUCAGUCAAUGGAGAAAAGUGAAUAGCCCGUCUAAUGCAAGCUUUAUUGACUUAUGCGCGAUUCAAUACCAUAUGAACCUGGAGUUCUAAACAUCACCAUCGUCAAACCAAGAUGCAGGUGUCCCCAUUACGAAUAACGUCUUGAAUAAUGUUAAAUUAGGUUCAAUAUGCAAUCUUACAGCUUGAUGAGAUCUGUCAAUAUAACUACACUUUACCACGUCAUCAAUAAUAUUCUAAGCAUGUUUCCAUAUAUAAUAUGUAUCAACUGUUACGCGAUUUUGAACUCUACGAAUCGGCGCUGAAAAACUUCCUCACGUUUGGCUACACAAUAUCACCGAUGCUUGAGCGUUUUGUACUCCAUAUCAUAAGAACAGCGACCAAGCCUGACAAUAUGUGCUUUAAUGUAAAAACCUCAAAUUUGUAUCUCAAAGGGUCACAUUAGGUUUUGUACCGAAUCACGCCUACUGUAAUACAUUUUAUAAUAUUAGGAGUACUAUAAUAUGUAUAGCGCCGUGUCCACACUUGCGCAUGCAUUUGAAGUAUUGUUUAAUGAAACAUUAAGAUCCGCUUCAAUACUCCUUCAGUUUGACUUGCCUAAGCUCUAUGCUCAAGUUCUGCUGAUAAGCUCAUGUUUUUCGUUGUCGCUUUUUAUGUAGAUAAGACGGCGAAUAAACAUUUCGUUAUGCACAUGUGUGGACAUAGCUUUAGUGUUCUACAGCUUCUUUCGAUUUUAUUUCGGGUUUGCUUAUUCAAUUUUACUAAGCUUUUGAACCAUUCCAAAAUGCUCCAUUUUACUAGCAUUUAUGGGUAUCAUCCGUCACAGAGUUGCGAUUUACUCGAAUUUCGUUGUAUCGUUUAAUCACUUUGUAAGUAACAUUUAUUAUGUACUUAAGAGUCGUAAUUCGUGAUUAUUUGAAUUGUGUUCAGUCAUGCCCUUGAUCUAGGGCCCGAAUUUAAUAUAUUCUUUAACCAUAAGCGAGUAACAAUGCUCACAUUUUCUCUAUAAUAUGGUGGGAAAUAAACAUCCUAUAUACCGUAACUCUGCAAGUCAGAUUAGCAACGUUUUGUUUCCUAAAUAGAAGAGAAGAGAAUAUCAGCUGAAAGUCUUUGAAUUAUGUAGUAAACCUUUUUGUAGAGCUUAUUUUCUCUCUUGUUGUGUCGCUUGUCGCAUCUGUGUGGCGGUCGCCCUUACCCAAGUAAAGUUGACCAAAUAUCUAUGUACUUUCAGUUGAAAGUUUUUUUAGUAUAAUAAUUUGAAGAAUAUGCAGAUGUACUGCCAUGGAAUUUUACAUUACGAUUUUUGUAAUUUAUUCAAUAAAGAAAUACAUGUAGGCAA